UUUUUUUUUUCAUUUCUUACCAAUGAGACACUCUAUGCAAAUUCUGAAGCCUGGCAUUGCAUACCACAAUGUAGAACAUCUAUGGUUUCUUACCACUAAAAAUACCUCUUAUGUAUUGGGCGUCGUUCCGGACACGGGUAUCCUUUUAAAUCUUCAUUGGGGACCUAGACUAGUUACCAUGAAGGACAUAAAUCUCCCCAUUGAGCUUCCCAAAGAAAGAAGCUCCCAAGAUCCCGCUAUUACGGCAGCACGCGAAGAAUUUCCCGUCUUUGGUGGUUUGAGGUACGGUCCUGAUCUUUUAAGAGCCAAGUUUGAAAACGGAACACGCGAUUUGGACCUGGCCUACGUGAGCGGCGAGGUAGAAAAUGACGAGCUGAAAAUCCUUUUGCUGGACAGAAUUCACCAGAAUUUCCAGGUGCAAUUGGUUUACACCCUGGAUAUUGAAAAUGAUCUUAUUGUUCGUCAAGCAUCCAUCAUAGCUGCAGAAACAUUAAACACUUACAAAAUAUCAAAGGCAUUGACAGCAGCCUGGCAUAUACCUCCUCCAGCCAAUAGCUCUCACCGCGAGUUGAUUACAUUAGCGGGUGCUUGGGCUGCUGAAACUCAAGUUCAAAAGCAUUCACUUCAACCCGGCACAUCGCACGUACUACAGUCUGUAAGAGGUAUUCCAUCCGCUCAAGCCUAUCCUUAUUUCGCCGUCAAAGAUACCACAAGCGAUGGAGAACAUAGUGAAUGCGAAGUUUAUUUUGGAACGUUAGGAUGGAGCGGUAAUUGGGAAAUUGAAGUUCACACGGAUAUCGAGGGAAAUAUCAUUGUAACAGGUGGUAUUAACAGUCGCGAUUUUGGUUGCUCCUUAAUGCGGGCCUCAUUUGACCUACCAGUAUUUGUUGCUGGGUACACUGCAGAUGGAUUGUCGGGUGCAAGAAAAUCCAUCACUAAUCAUAUACGUGAAAACAAGGUUACGCAAUUGAUAUCGGAACCUGAUACAUUGGCGCCUGUACUGUACAAUGGCUGGGAAGCAUAUGGCUUCGACGUCAACAUCACAAACCAAAUGGAGAUUGCCAGAAAGGCUGCUUCUCUUGGAACGGAGUUAUUUGUUUUGGACGAUGGUUGGUUUCGCAAACGUAAUUCAGAUAAAGCGGGUUUGGGUGACUGGUACCAUGACACAAGAAAGUUUCCUAACGGGUUGAAGCCCUUGGCGGAUUAUGUUCAUAGUCUGGGUAUGAAGUUCGGUUUAUGGUUUGAGCCUGAAAUGGUAAAUCCUGAUUCAGACUUGUACCGUAAACAUCCUGACUGGGUGUAUCAUUAUUAUGAACGUACCCGGCAUUUGGAGAGAAAUCAACUAGUGCUCGACAUCACUAAGCCCGAAGUGAGACACUAUUUGGCAGAACGUAUGCUGGCCAUCAUUAAGGAGGUGGGCGUUGACUACGUUAAAUGGGAUAUGAAUCGACCUAUUUCCGAAGCAGGUUCAAGAUUGGGCGAGGAAGUGUGGGUCGCACAUGUCAAGUCGUUUCAUGCACUUGUGAUGAUUAUUAAAAUGGCUGGUAGUACAGUGCAGAUCGAAUCAUGUUGUAGCGGUGGCGGAAGGGCAGAUAUGUCUAUUUUAAAAAAGGUAGAAUCAUGCUGGCCUAGUGAUAACACUCGACCGGAUGCUCGCUUAAUGAUCCAAUACGGUAGUUCGCUCGUUAUUCCACCUGAAAUGAUGAGUUGCUGGGUUACUGAAUCCCCUAAUGAUGAUUAUUUUACCAAUAUUCCUAUUUCCUAUCGAUUUCAUGUCUCGUUUAUGGGUGCGUUAGGUAUUGGCUCCGAUCUAAACAAGCUCACACAAUCCGAGUUUGGAGACUAUAAAGAAUGGAUUAGAUUAUAUAAACGUGUUAAACAUAUCGUGCAGAAAGGAGACCUAGAUUGGUUAGUGGUGCCACCUAAUGUAAAUAAGCUAGCUUCAUCCCCAUCCUCUUAUACGGCCGUUACCCAAACAAAUAGUAAGAAAAGGGACGAGUCUAUCGUAUUGGCGUUCCGACAAUUCAGCCCAUUUUGGUUGCCCUUACGCCCUGUUCGGUUACGUGGUCUAAUUCCUUAUGCCGUCUAUACUGUCACUAUUUGGAAAACCGAUCCCCGUACGCCCGUAUAUGAAGGAAUCAUGUCUGGUGGUUCACUUAUGGGCAAGGGACUUAAUUUGCCUUAUCUGACAUCCAAGGCCUAUAGCAGCGUUGUAAUCUAUUUAAAGCAAAUGUUGGACGAUUGAGAAUAACCCACGAUAGGGGAAUCAAAGGGUGAGUUAAACAAAAACCUUAAUUUCCCAAAUCCCCAUUUUCGCAAAAAGGUAAAACUGGGGCCAUUUCCUUUUCUCCCCAUUAUAUAUAUUUUAUACAUUAAUACAAAACAAGAACAUGGAUUCUUUUCAAAAAAAAAAAAAAAAAAAAAAAAAGAAG